UUAGGGCGGUUGCCAUGGCAACGAGGCAGGGCCCGAGCGGGCGGGCAGCGUGCGUCAUGCGUCAUGACGCACAAUCUCCGCCCACCACCCGGCGCGGUGACGUCACCCAAUCAGUGCGCGCCGCGGAGAGUGAAGGCGAAACUGCAAUAAAACAAAAACAAAUCAAAAACCCCAUCUAAUCUCGCCCAAACGCUUCACAAACCCCCCGAAGGAAACGCAAUCCAUAUACUCGGUCUCAUUGUCAAUGCUGCCUCCCUGCUGUCAUGAGUUGGGCGUUGGAAGAAUGGAAAUCGGAAUUAUCCAGCCGGGCCGUGCAGAAAAUAGCAGAGUACGAGAGCCAUGUGGAGAAGCUAAAGAAGGAACGGCAGCAGAAGCAGAUUCAGUUGGAUAGUUUAGAGGUUGCGUUCCAAAAACAAAAUCAAAAGCUCGAAGGUGAGAGGAACGAAAACUCGUCCUUGAAGAGAGAGGCGCAGAACCUGACGGAGGCCUGCGGCAAUCUAGAGAAGGCGCAGCGGAGGCUCAGCCACGAGAUUCAGGUGAAGGAGGCCCUGGUGUGCAGUCUGGAGGGCCAGCUGCUGGCAGCUAGGAACCAGAACGACAAACAGGAGCAAGAGAUCAAAAGGCUGGUGGCCGAGCUUGAACGAAGUCAAAGGGCCUCGACAACAACAUCAGAAUAUCAUCUCCUCCCUUCCUCGACUCAGAGCCACCCGGAGCUCAGCAGGGCACGUGAGGAUUUGAAACGGGAUGAACUGCAAGAGAAACACAGUCGGGAGGUAGAGGAGAGGAAUCGGCUGGUUUCUGAAGUGAAGGCACUGAAGAUCCAGGUUCAACAGUUGCAAUAUAGCAGCAACAAGAGCCACAGAGAAAAUGGGCCGCAGCAGAUCAGGGCCUCCACCUUCAGCUGGCAACAGGACAAAGCUUCCCCUCACUUGCCUGAAAGUCCCGCCAGGUCCCCUUCCUCCGUGUUUCCAUGGGAACAACCGAAGACGGCGCCCAACCACCAUCCCAGAAGCCCGCAGCCGAGCAACAACAAGUCAAGCCACCUCGCACCGGAUUCCAAGAACGACCAUCUUGAGGAGCCAGCCAGCGAGCAAAUGCAGGAGUUGAGAAAAGAAAAUCAAGUGUUGCAGUGCACCAAGUCCGAACUGGAAGUCUGGGUUCAGUCCCAGGAGAAGGAGAUCAAAAACCACCUGAACAAGUUGGAAGAAGCACAGUCGUUGCUGGAGAAAUCCAGGGGCGAGCUGGCGGUGAAGGAACAAGCUCUGAGCAAGGGCAAGGAUAGCCUGGAGAGGGUGGCAGUCCAGCAGGAGCAGACCAGAAACAAGUGUGCGGCUCUGGAGCAGAAGUUGAAGCAGGUUUCCGAGGAGCUGAACUGUCAGAGGCAGAACGCAGAGAGCGUUCGGCGCGGGAUGGAGCGAAAAGCAAAGAACACGGAGAAAGAAUAUCAGCAGGAGCUGGCUGACCAGCAACGCACAUUUUGCAGCCUUGAACAUCAACACAAGCAAGAGAGAAACCAAACGGGCCAGGAGAUUCAGCAGCUCAAGACCGAACACCUGGCGUUACAGGCUAAAAUCAAUAAAAUGGAAGCAGGAAAACAGGUGGUGGAUCGAGAGCUGGAGGAAGUCAAAGGAAAACGUCACUGGGCCGAGAAGGAGCUUGCGGCUCACCAGAAGAAUGAGGACGAUCUUCAGGAAAAUCUUCAGAGUGCACUGAAGGAGAAGGAGUGUAUCAGUACCUGGCAAGAGCAAAGUGUUCAGAAAAUAGUGCACUUGGAGACACAACUGAAAAAACUGGAGCAACAGCUCGCACUGAGUCAGAGGUCCAGAGAAGAGAUGAAAGCUGAAAACCUGGCUCUUGCAUCCAAAUCUAUCGACCUACAAUUAAAAUUGGAUCUUGAGAACAAGACGCGCUGUGAGGGAACAGAUCAGUCGGUGAACUCGUACGAAUUGAAUAAACACGGAGAAAUCGAGGGCAGCCGAUCUGAUCCUAACCGGGAGCACGAUAUUUGCCGAUCAAUGGAUGGGAAAUCCGAUCAUCCGGAGACGGCGUUGGGAAUUCGGGUGGAAGACGAAGGGAAAAUAUCGGAAUUGAUGGGAGGAGGUCAACUGAGUGAAUCGGAGCAGGUGGCAAAGUCCGUUAACGUGGACCCAGGUUCUGGAGGCGAGAUGGAAGAAGGUCUCACCAAAGACACUGACGCUAACUUGGACCGUGGAAUAUCGGCAGAGUCACAGUGUUUGGACAAAGCCACCGAUGGCUUCCCAUGUGCUGAAGGGAAAAUGGAGGCGAGACUCCCAGAGGUCCAGGAAGAAGUGAAGGAAGAAUUGGAUGACAACGGAGCAGAAGAUGAGGCGAUGAUGCCCCGCGAGGGGAUCGGGCGGCUCGACCAACCAACAGCCGCGGGCGCCCGUCUCGGAGAGCUGGAGUUGAAGCUGAAGGAAGUCGAGACGGAAAACUGGGCGUUGCGGAGCGAGUUGGAUGACGCCAAGCAGGAAUUCGAGAGCAAGACGCGGGAAGGGCAGAAGGCUAAGCGGACAGCAGCGGAGCUGAGGAGGAAACUAAAGCAGGCUGCGGAAAGACGGGCCGCAGAGGCCGAGCGCACCAGCGAACAGGCCGGGCAGAUCGCCGCUUUGGAAACGGCGCUGGAGCGAGAGAGGGCUCUUGUGGCCAAAGCGCAAGAGGCCAACCAGGUCGAAUUGGGAGGAGUCUCGCAGCCGGCGGCUAUUGCCGAAUGUGGUGGCGGGGAACUGAGCGGCGGCGUUCGGAUCCUGCAGGACGCCGCGGCGGAGAAAAUGCGGCGACUCGCUCAACAAAUUGCGCGGCUGGAAGGCGACAAGACUUGCGUCGAGGAGAUCAUAGAGGCGCAGGAUGGGGCAGUGAAUGAGAAAAGCAGAGCCUUGCUGGAAUAUUUCAAGGGCAAGAAUGCUCACAGCCUCGAGCUCGACGACAUCGCUUCGUUCUUCCCAAACUGUUUGCAUGGCGGCCCCAGGGAAAAGACGGAGCACACGCCCAAUGAGGGGAACGUUUCUUCCGUGGAAACGGCGGGAGAGGGCGAGACGAGCAGCGGUCAAGGGUUGCUCCCGGAACGCCUCGAGAGCGAAGUCUGUGAGCUCGACGACCAGUUGCGGGAACGUUUGGAAGAACUGCAGCGAAAAUGCGACGGACUGACCAGGGAGAAGGAGAAAGAAGGGGACGCCAAGAGGCGCGCCCAGGGUAUGUUCGAUGACCUGCAGUCUCGCAUUCACAGGGAGACCCAACAGCUGACGGUGGCCCUGGAUGCCCAGAGCAAGAAUAUCGAGGGCCUCCUCCAGAGCCUGGGAGAGAAGGAGCUCAACAUCCAGGUCUUAAAUGGACGUCUGCAGAGCGCGUUGAUAACGUUGUCUUCCCUCAGUCAGGAGAAUCACAGGCUGAGAGCCGACUCGAAGACCGUUGCGGAGACUUCGUGGGCCAGCCCUGACAAGGGAGCUGCCCCGGGACAGGACACUGGAGAAACUCCUCAAGGCGAUCAAAUUGAGGGGGGAAAUAGCAGUUCGCAGUCAGUCGAAAAAUUGGGCCAAAAGCCAGCUUCCUCCGCGAGAGGAGCUGCUCACGAAGAUACACGGCGAUCAGAGGUUGAAACGGUGGAACGGUCAGAGCCUGGAUUCCACGAACAUUCCCUUCGGGGUGAAAUGAACCCAUCACAACAUAAGCCAUCUGGGGAAGAGAAGGGGCCCUCCGUGAAUGAUCCAGCCACGCAAAAUGUGCCCGAGGUGGGAGAGGUUGUUGAAAAACGGCAGCAACCACCAGCAACGGGAAACGGCGAAGCCAUCGACCGUAAUAAUGAUCGGUCGAUCGAACCAGGAGGGGGGAAGGCAAGUUCUACCUCAUCUGCAGGACCUCCACAAGGAGACAUGGAGAUGGCCUCCACACUUCCUCCUGCUGCCCAAGCGAAGAGGGAUGUUGAGAGUCGACGGCCACCUAGGGAACUGGGCCACGAGGGCAGUGGCAGUACCGACCCGGCACAGAAUAGCCAAAGCAUCAGAUCUUCUGAUGGUUUGCCGGUGAAGGUUGAUGAUCCGGCAGAGAUGGUCCUUCACGCUGAGGCGACCCAAGCUGAACCACGAAUAAAAGCGUGUGGACAUUCCCCAACCAAAGUUCUUGCGAGUGAAGGAAAGUCGGAGGAAGGGCUGAUUGAAGAAGUAGAAGGGUGGAAAGAAGAGGAAGGUGGCGGCGUGAAAGAUCCGACUCUGGGAGCGGUCCGCGCUCUGAGCGGCGAGUUCAACAGCCCGAACGACAAAUGCGCGAUCCUGACACGGGGGAAGGAACAGCUCGGUUCAGAAGGUGAAGGAGCGCGGAGAGUAGCCGACGGCUCGCCACGCGAGAGGGAGAACUCGGAGACCGCGAUCCGAUCCGGCGAAGAUCUGCUGGGGGUGAGCAGCGACGAGCGGAAGUGUCUUCGGCAGGAGCUGGGCGCGCUGCGGGAGUGGAAGCAGGAGGUCUUGGGAGAUGUUGCCACCUUGGAAGACGAGAGAGGAAACAACCGAGUGGAACUGCACUCGUUACAGGGCUCUGUGCGCGGGAUGCAGAACCACGUCAAGACACUGGAAGCGGAGCGCAGGGCAUUGGAAGACACAGUUGAAAGUCUGAAGCACUCAGAGAAGCACCUCUACCAAGAGCUGGAGCAAGCCCACUUUGAGAAGUCUGUCCUGCAGAUUCAGGUUGAGACUCUUCAGAAAGCAGCGGUUGAGCUGAAUGAAGAGAAAAUUAAUCUGCUGAGCAGGCUGAAGCAACGAGAGAAUGCGUCUGAGGAUGAGGAGUUGUCCACCGAACAUCUACAGCGCAGUGGCCUUCAUGACAAGCCAAUGACUGAUCAUCGGCAAGGUACUGCAGAGGUCACUGCGAGCCAGAUGCACGCUGACCUGAUGGCUUUGAGGCAAGCCGUGCGGGAGAAAAGCGAAGAGGUCGACAGGAAUCUCCUCGUCUACACAGACUUGCUGGAGAAGCACCAAGACCCGGAGACGGCCGACGAAACGCGGUCCGCGGUCGCCGAGCCGACCCGUCGGGAGAACGCAGCGGGCAGCCGAGGGACGGCCGCGGGUUCGGAGCCUGGAGGCGGGGCGGUGGUCUCCGGGCAACAAGCGGUCGGCCGGUCCGUCGAGCGGGACCAGGCCGAGACCAGCCGGAGGCCGCCUCUUCACGGUCAACCUCGAGGUCCCUCGGCUGGGUUGAACCCAGCGGCGCUCGCCAUGAAAAUCGACCCCGCCCAGCUCGCCGAGAGAAUACGCAGAAGCCGCCAGUUCCGGCAGCAUCUGUCCGUGGCGUACGAUGAAACGGAAUACGUGCCCUAUGGGCUUCCUGAUGUGGUGCAGAAGGGCUUUGCAGACAUUCCUUCCGGAUCUUUCUGCCCGCAUAUCCUGCGUCGAGGAAUUCUAAAUUCCACAUUUUGCCCAGCGCAACCGGAUGACGUAAACACCGACUAACCUCUGGCAACUGAGGGUGGUAAGAAAAUGGCCACAAGUCAAUGGACCCUUCCAAUGGAUGAUGGGCGUUCCUGGAGGAAACGGGAAUCUGCCUUACGAUCUAUAUUUCGCCAGCCUCGCUAAAAUAAGAAUCUGUUUAAAGGUUCUUACUUGGAUACGGUUGAUAUGUACGUGCCUUUUCAAAUAGCGAUGUAUAUAAGAAAAUCUCAGGCCCAUCGAGUCUCUCUCUCUAGAGGAGAACAAAACCGUCGACCCUCCAGACGUUACUGGUUGUGCUUGUUCAAAUUCCUUUGUGCAAUCUUAAUUUAUUUGAGUUUUUUUUUCAAUUUUCAUUAAAAAAUAUAUCUGCCUCUCCAGAUGGACGCAGUGCAGGGCAAUGUGAUCCUGUCAGUUCUCCUCCUGCUACGAAGGGCCGAAUGGCCUACAGAAUUAGGCCAUUCGGCCCAUCAAGUCUACUCCGCCAUUCAAUCAUGGCUGAUCUAUCUCCCCCUCCUAACUCCAUUCUAGUGCCUUCUCCCC